AACUUGAAAAUAUUUAACUUUUUUACUAAAUUCAUUUCAAUUUCGAAAUCUUCGAAAUGAAUGUUGAAGUAUUUAAUGUCUGAUGCUGUAUUUACAAACAGUUUAUUAACCUGUUCUAAUGUGUGUGUACCAAGACUUUAAAACCAUCUACAUAUUCUCCAUAAUUUGGCAUAGUAGAAACACGGCUUUGAUAAAAUGUGGUAUUUCCAGUAUAAAUAAUUGCAACUUCCUGGAAGAGCCUGAAAAUGGUGAACUUCGUUUUCGCAAUUGUGGUGGCUAUGUACGAGAAGAAAAAGAAAAAAACGUUAUUUCUGUUAGCCAAUUUGUAGCACCGCUGUAAGAGUAUGAGGUAAUAUGAGAUGGCAAAUACAUAUAUUUUGGUGAUUAAUAAAGACCUAGGCAUAAAAAGUGCACAAUUUUAUUUCAUUAGCAGACUCAAAACAUUUAGAAGGGUGGCGGGAGAGGGAGUCAGAGACCGCAGAAAAGAAACCAAUGCUAAUUCGCGUAAACCUUUCUUCUUUUUCUCCCCCUAGUUUCCAGACGUUCGAUAGAGAUGCGUGUGCGAGCCACAGACCCGAGGCCGUGUCCGAAAUGUGGCAAGAUUUACCGCUCGGCACACACGCUGCGCACCCACUUAGAGGACAAGCACACCGUCUGUCCCGGCUACCGUUGCGUACUGUGCGGCACCGUGGCCAAAUCCCGAAACUCGCUGCACUCGCACAUGUCUCGCCAGCAUCGCGGCAUAUCGACAAAGGAUCUGCCCGUUCUACCCAUGCCCAGCGCCUUUGAUCCAGACCUCGCCUCCCGGCUGUUGGCUAAGGCCGGCGUGAAGAUAUCGCCCGCCGAGCUACGCGCCAGAGCUUCGCCCACCGGUGGCAGCGGCAGCAGUGGCGGUGGUCAGCAAAAAAUCGAUCUGAGCAACACCAGUGGUGGCGGAAUGGACGAUGCUGAGGACUCCGAUGACGAUCCAGAGGAUCUAACCACUAGCAAUGGCGCAGGAGCUGGCGUUGGCGCCAGUGCCAGCGAUCUGAGCCGCUAUCACGAGAGUCUGCUCAGUAAUUUCGGCCACGCCAACACAACUAUUUCGCGUAUUCGCAACGAAGCUGCCGCCGCCGCAGCCGCUGCCAUCGGACAGCAGAAGGAGUUGGGCGGCAGCGUCCAAUUACCUACAAGCACGGCCGCGGGUCAGUCCUUGCUGGACACCUACCUGCAAUUUAUCACAGAGAACACCUUUGGUAUGGGCAUGUCGCAGGAACACGCGGCUGCGGCAGCGCUUCAUGCCGCCAAAAUGGCACAACUCAAUGCCAUGGGGCAUGGACUCGAUAAGCUGCCCGGAGCGCACUCUCAGUUCGACUUGUCAAAUUUGGCCGGAAACAAUCCGGUGGCGAAUUUUUCCAGCAGUCCGAGCAGUGCCGGCUUAACUAUCGAGCCAAUACUGCGCAGGGACCAGCAGUCCACAAACUUCUCGCCAGAGAGGAGCGGCCCCGUCUCCUUGCUGACUGUCAGUCCGUCCGCAGCCGAACCGGACCCAAAACGCAGCUCGGCGGACCCCAUGGAUCUGGGCCUCGAAAUGAAUCAGUCGGGCAGCAAUAAUAAUGAAGCCAACUCCGAUGGCGAGGAAAAUUAUUCCGAGGACGAAGGGGUGCACAAUACAUAGACGCCGCAUCUGUAAUUUGCAAACUGAAGGAACUGGAAAGGGAGAAAAUAUUGACAGAAUGAUGCUAAUAUCGAUUGGUAUCAACUGUAUUGUAUACCUAUAUUUAACAAAUUUGUAACGAGUAGCCUUAUCCUAAUGUAUACUAUUUAUUAGUUUAUAUAUCGUCGAAAACUUUAUAAAAACAACCAGCAGACAUACGAUAUAUAAUCAUUUAGAGAAGCAUAUUUACGAAAUUUGUGGACAGGUCUAGAAGAAAUUUAUGUCGUGCUUUGCAAAAACAAAAAACUAACACAAAGCAACCCCACUCUAUACCUAAAUAUACUCACAUAUACACUUUGAGAAACAUACACAUACAUAUAUAGUACACAAACCUAAAUCUAAACCUCUACACCGAUAAAUUCUAAAUACCUAUACCUAUUGAUGUAUACGCACAUAAUCAUGUACCUGUUGUUGUGUGUUUACGCAUACAAAGUACGGGAAUACAAUAAUAGCUGGAAUUGUAGAAUUAUUUUAAAGCAUAAGUACGAGUAUUGUGCACGACCUUCAGGAAAUGAAACCUUAACCCCUAGAUUAAUAAUGUUAACAAUAACAAUACUGAUAAGUGAAAAUAUGUAUAGAAAGGAUAAACGUAGUUCUCAUGCGCAAUAUGGAAAUAGUACUUAAAGCACCAGAACGUGAUAGAAAACUACGGAUACUGUGUGGAUACCCGCCCAAAGGGUUCUUCCAAUUCAGAGCAACUUAACACCUUUGAAGAGUGACUGCACAAUUGAAUGUGUAAAAGGGUACACAUACAAGCAUAUAGUAUACUAUAAUAGUAUAUCAAACUUUCUCUAGA